AUGUCCUGGGAUUUGAAGAAGAGGAAGCUGCAAGCGCUGUGGUCGCACAUUAACACAAGGAGUAAGAAAGUUCCCGCAUGGGUCAUGAAUGCCCGGUUCCCGCUAACAGUGUGUGUAUUAUGCAUAGGAUCCCAAUUCUUCACUGCUCGUCAUGGAUCGUCCUCCCAAGCGAAAGGGUGGCGUCCCUUCACCCUGCGCCCGAUCUACCUCACCUUCCUCGCAUGUUUGAUGUUUUUGAUGUUGCUGAUCUUGGAGGGUUUGCGGCGCUAUACGGUGUUGUACGGAGGACUGGUCUUUCUGGAAGCAACGGAGGAAGUGUCCAGUGCCCAGUCGUUUGCCUACAACUAUAUCCCCAUUAUCGUCGCCCUCAUACUUGUUACCCUAUGGUCUCUCGUCGACUUCGAUGUCCUGCGUCUCGAGCCGUAUUUCCAGCUGGCCCGACCGGAGGGCGUUCCGGCCUCCGUGCUCUUUAUCAACUACAACUUCGGUCAAACCUUCGUUACGCCAUUUACCUCAGCCAAACGAGGUCACUGGGUGGCCCUAUUGGUAUCGAUUGUAACCGUCCUCAUUCGCAUGUUCCUCCCCGCUCUGCAGAGUACACUUUUGGAACUGCGCGAGGUCACCGUGAUCUCCAAUGAGCAGAUGAAGACCUGGCCGGAGCUAGUGGACUUGGGCACCCAGGCUAAUUGGAUCGCCGCCCAGGAACGGAGCAGUUUCGAUUCCGCAAACUCUGCCGUUGCUUCAAGUACCAAUAGUCUACAGAAAUCACGAUCCCCCGACUUUGCCGUGCCGCCCGUGCAAAUUCCGACAAAUGACCGACGGGAAAGCACUGUGUGGAAAGUCAACCAAACCAUUUAUUGGUCGCAAUUAGCCUGUCAUGACUUGGCGACAAAUGAUGCGUUACCGGUGACGAUCAAUCAAACCGACGUGGAACACCCGAUCCUUUCGUGGAACGUGACUGGGUUGCCCCUGGUCAACGGGACGAACCAGGAUUGCUCGUUGGACUUUCAAUACGAUAGCAUUUUCUACCCGGAGACUGACUUUCUUCAAGUGCGUUACUGGGAGCCCGUGUGGACGACCGAUACCUUUGACUCAGGCGAUGUGCGAAAAGCAUUCCGUCCCCGUGGUUGUGACCCGUUCGAUCUGUACGGCGUUCUGUUAUCCGUCAAUGCAACGACGGCUCCUGCCGACGCGAUCAGCUCCCUGGGCUCCCAAUAUACUUCGUCGGCAACCAUGUUUGCUUGCGAUAUCGAGUACCACAAAGCCACGGCGGAGAUCUGCAUGCAUGCGAAUAGUUCUAUCACGUCGGUGCGUGUCAUUGCAAAUACCACCACCAAUCUGACCAACCAGGAGUUCAAUAUCGACGAGUUUCAGGGCCUCCUCUCUCAUCGCGCACCCUACACGAGUGAUGUACUUUUCAUGCAGUAUAACGACACAAUGGGUGACCUCACCGUGACCGAACUUGCGGUCAUCAGUCAGGACGUGGAUGACUUGGAGCCCAUGCCUGUUCUGGAUACCGCGACAGUCAUGGAGCAAGGGGAGUUCGAAGAAAAAACCAAGCGGGUGGUCAUUCAAGCCUUUGUGCUGACCAUGGGGCGUUUGUUUAAUCCGGAUAUACCUCCCGCGACCGUCUCCGCCGUCCGCUUCGCACACUCAGUCACUAUUGCCGUCGUUUCGUUCGCAGCGACCUUGUCGGAGGCCAUUCUCUUCUUGUGCACCGUUGUGGCUCUUGCCUUACUAUAUUUCUACCAGCGCCGGCCCAACAUCCUUCAAAGCGACCCUGGCUCCAUUGGGGCGAUGUGUAGCAUGGUUACGGACUUGUUUUCCCCGUCGAAUAUUCUCGGUAAUGCGCAGUCCGAUUUCCAUCAGCUUUCGACUCGUCAACUGCGGAUGCGUCUUCGAAAUUUCCGACUCUACUGGCAGGAAGGACCGAUGGGAAGACGCGUGGAACUAGUCUCGGUGGACGGUGAGAAUCAUGGUAAGUACUAG